AUGUGCCACCAAACAACCUACACCCACAGCUGCACCCACAAAAUCAAAACCCCCCGCCUCCUCUGCUCUCUCGCCUCCCUCCCCUCCAUCUUCCACUCCGUCACAAAAGCAAAAGUCCCUCUUCUAUAUCCAUGUCCAAGCUGUGCCGUGCGUUUGGGCCAGCCCAUUACUUAUCCCUAUCAAGUCCCUCCUGCACCUGCACCAGCAGCACAGAUUAUCUACCAAGCAGCACCAGUCACAGUCCCCGCUCAGCCUCAACCAGUCCAACAAAUCCCCGGCCCAGGAUCCUACGGCACACCGCUUCCAAAGCCGAGUAACAGUACCGCGGAGACGAGACUGGAAUAUAGGAAUGGGGCGUGGAGGCCGGUAGUGCAUUAUAGGUUUCCUUCUGGCUCUGCAGUGCCUCCGCCUGUAGGUGCAAGUAUUCCUGUUGCGGUUCCCGCAAGGGCGCAGGUACAAGUUGUGCCUGUGCAAGGAGUGAUAGGUCAAGGACCAGGGCAAGCACAGGCGACUGUCAAUAGACCAGCGAACAUUCCGUCGAAUCAAGGAUGGAGUCGUGUGCAUGGUGUCGAUACUGGACCGGGACCGCCGGGCCCGCAGCCAAGUGGUAAUGCAGGUGCCUUUAGUAUCACCCCAAACGACAACCUGGGAUGGGGAGCGCCUGUUUUCCAACUACCUGCUCCUCAGCCUGGCACCCAAACGCAAGCAGCUGCUGCGUCUCCAUCGCCAUCUUCCUCGACGCCAAACCCUCAGAUCCCUCAAGCUUCUCAAGUUCUUGCUCCACAACUACAGACUUCAACGCCAACUUCAACUUCUCUCUCAGCACCGGCAGUCGGUCCACCACCAAACAUCCUCGCCGCAGCAGCUAUACAAGCUCCGUUGCCUACUCAGACCCUUCAAACUCCUUCCUCUGCUCCACUUCCACCUCCGACUAUAACUCAAGUUUCCCAAGCACAGAAUCAAACCCAAGCCCCGUCUUCAUCUUCUCUAUCAACACCAGUGCAAACACCGGGACACCACCCACAAACACCAAACAACGCAGCUCGCAACGCACGAGCAGAGUCCUUGCUAGGAAUGAACACUUCUGUGCUUGCGAGAUUGACGGCUGCGAAUACCGAUGCUAAUGGAAAUGGAAAUGGAAGGCCAGCGAGUACUUGA